CUGCCGUGUCGUGACCGCUGUGUUCUGCAGUUCAACUGAACGCCCCGACAUUGCACGAAAGUCCGGCAGCUCUACAAGAGGGGAAGUAUUGAAGGCGACGAUGUACAUAAAACCUGCACACAUCAUCUUAAUGCUGGCGGCUCUGUCGCAAGGCGGCAAGGGGGCACAGCUCAGCCCUGACGUGCAGACGCUCUGCGACGACUUCUGGCAGUGGCGCCUCCAGGAUAUGCCAGAGUUUGCAACUUUCGUCGGUUUUCACGCUUACAAUGACCGUCUCGACGACCUCUCCAUGGAGGCGUAUGAAAAUCGGCUCAACAAAGUGUAUGAAUUCCUGGGACGUGUUGAUUUUUUGGCGCCAACUUUGACUGAACACGAGGACAUAGUGAACAUGAAGGUUCUGAGGGAUGAACUUACCACGUUCAUCGAAGGAUAUCAGUAUAAAAAUUUCUACUUGGCCUUGAACAACAAAGAAGGGAUCCAGGUAGACCUGGUGGCCCGGACUCUGUCGUGGAUGCCUCUUGUUACUGUGGCGGACUACAACACGAUGCUGGCGCGCCUGCAGGCCGUGCCCACGCAGGUCACACAGAUCAUCCAGCUUCUCUCUGCUGGGGUUGAGGCCAACAUCACUAACCAUGAGCUCAGCAUGAACAAAGUCCCAUCGCAACUUGAAGAGUUUUUGGUGAUUACGCCUGAAGAAUCGCCGAUAUACAAGCAAUUCUUCUCAGAGUUUCCUGCCAACUUCACACCUGAUGAUGUAGCUGCCAUCCAAGCGAGCGCCAAAGCCGUUAUCUCAGACUCGGUGAUCCCAGCAUUUGAGGAGCUACACGCCUACGUGAGCUUGCAGUACGUGACGCGGCCAGACAUCGCCAUCACCUCCUUGCCGAACGGCCAGGCGCUCUACGCCCAGAUCAUUAAAUUCCACGCUGGCCUCGAGAAAACCCCAGAAGAAAUUCAGCAAGUUGGCUUCAAUGAAGUAGCAAGGAUAGAAGCCCUUAUGCAAGAGAUCGUGUACGAGCUCGGCUACAACAUGUCGACCCAGAACUUCUCCAACAUGAUCCUGAACGACCCUGCCAACUUCUACACCACAGAGGAAGAUCUACUGAACGGCUUCCGUUACGUCGUCUACAACGUUACCACGCCCGCCGUGCCGCUCAUCUUCAAAAACAUCCCGUCUGCUGAAAUCAUGUGA